AAUUCUCAUCGGAGACUUUCUAUCCACACAGACUCGAUGGACGUACAUGGAGGUGGCAACCUACGUCGGGUGGCGGUGGUCGGUGGUGGCAUCGCCGGGUCUCUAGUGGCCAAAUCCCUCCAAUUCUUUGCUCACAUCACUCUCAUUGAUCCAAAAGAGUAUUUGGAGAUUCCUUAUGGAAGCUUGAGAUCAAUGGUGGAGCCUUGUUUUGCAGAAAGAAUGUUGAUUAAUCAUUCUCAUUACUUUAGUAAUGGACGUUUGAUAACUUCCCCUGCCGUCGGUGUAACCGAAUCCCAAGUGUUAGUUGCAGAUGGACGAAAUGUGGACUUUGAUUUUGUUGUUGUCGCCACAGGCCACCAUGAUCCUUCCCUUCCAAUAACAAGGACUCACCGUCUUCAUCAAUACACAGCUGAAAAUGAAAGAAUCAGAAGAGCGGAGUCCAUAUUAAUUAUCGGAGGUGGACCAACGGGCAUCGAACUGGCCGGAGAGAUCACAACAGAGUUUCCGGACAAAGCGAUCACUCUAGUCCACGAUGGACCAAGGGUGUUGGAAUUCAUGGGUCCAAAGGCAUCAGAGAAGGCUUUGAGAUGGCUGAUUUCCAAAAGGGUGAAUGUAAAAUUGGAACAAACAAUUGAUGUAAACGACAUGUGGGAUGGAAACAAGAGCUUUAGAAGUUCAAAGGGUGAGAUUAUUAUAGCCGAUUGCCAUUUUGUAUGCACUGGAAAAGCAGUAGCAUCGUCUUGGCUUCAAAAAAGCAUAUUGAAAAAGAGUUUAGAUACGAAUGGAAGAUUGAUGGUGGAUGCAUAUUUGAGAGUUAAAGGCCAGCAUAAUAUCUUUGCCAUUGGAGACAUCACUGACAUUAGAGAAAGUAAGCAAGGGGAAUCAGCAAAGAGACAAGCAAAGGUGGCUGCAAAGAACUUGAAAAUGUUAAUGGUUGGAAAAGAAGGUAAAAUGGAGAGAUACGUAGCUCGAACUCCAACCACAGCCAUGGUUUCUUUAGGGAGGAAACAAGCUGUGGCUCAGUUUUCUAUCACAACUAUCUCAGGAAUUUUGCCUGCUUUUAUCAAAUCUAGAGAUCUCUUUGUUGGUAACACAAGGAAGAAAUUAGGCCUACACCCUACUUUACUUGAUUAAAUAUAAUUCACAACUAUUCUCUUUCUUCAAACCAAUUUUUUUUUCAUUUCGUAUGUUCCUUCUUCAUAUUAUUGUACCCUCACAUUGUUAAGCACUUCAGGGUGUGAGACUUUUAAACAUUAUGUAUCUGGUUGUGCUUAAAUGUCUUACUCAAUUGAGAUUUGUACAAAAUUUUGCAAAUAUUGCGUUGUUAGUGUUGAAAAGUUAAGGCAUGUUUUAUGUUAAA